GUAUAUCGUAUUAGGUGUGUACAAUCGUGUUGCUGCGUGUGUGUGUGUAUACGAUGUGGGUGCAAAAGUUACCUCAUUAAACGAAGAGGCAUCUGAGAGAGAAGCAGAGAAACGAGAAGCCUAGAGAGGAGGGGGUGGAGUCCAGUUGUCCAUUGGAGGGGGGUGGCUUGGUGACGUCAACAUAUUCGUUUCUCCCCGUACUGCUGGUGCUGGUGAAAAUUGUCUGUAGAAAGUCCCUCCGUGAAUUCGUUGGAGAGAACCCCAAAGGUUCUGACUGGCGAGACUAGGGGGAAACCGUUGGGCUAUACAGUGGGCGGAGCUUGGGCAGCAGCAGCAGCAGCCCAGCCAAGGCUUGUGGAUGUGUCGCGGUUUUAACUUUUUUCUUACAACCGACUACUCGGAGCUAGUGUAAAGAGAAAAAGGGAUAUUAUUUCGAAUGAUGGAAUUCUCGGGGGCAGGGUCACGUGUGCCGCGCCGCUAAGAUGUGGUGACCGACAGACGCGCUCUACAUAAUUGUGUCGGAAGAGCCUUCACAACCAACAACAUUGGACUUUUCUCACACACUUGAUCGUCGAAUAAGCAAUAGAAAAUAAAUCUAACGUGUCGAUAUAUAUUUUGGAGGAGCACGUUCAUGGUUUGCCCAACUUAUGGCCUGACGGAUGUGUGACCGGCGCCACCUGUAUCGAACAUCAAUUGUUCCUUUCCGUUUCAGGACUUGACGGAUAUGGAUUACGAUGGGCAACGUUUGUUGGACGUGAUCAAUGAUCCCAACGCCCUGGAAAGUUUCCUGGGCGGAAUAGGGAAUGGGAGUGGGAUUAACAACGCUGCUAACGCUCACAGUGGUGUUUCGCUGGAUUCGACCCAUACCAUCACUCAGCAGCAGUUGGCCAGUCUGCAACAGCAAAUCCAACAGCAGCAACAACAGCUGCAGCAAUUGCAACAACAACAACACCACCAACAGCAGAUACAUUCCCCGUUCUCGGUUCCCGUCAGGUCGCCGGCACCUGGUACAAGUCCGGCUGCGACUGUGAUCCUUCGUUCGCCCGCUGCUCCUCCACCAGCCGCCAGUCCUUCUUCGCUGGCCUCCAGUCCGGCGCCCAAUACACUUGGACAUGCCACCUCUUACUCGGUCUCCUCUCCGGCACCGGCUCCGUCGCCCGGUCCUCAACAGUUUAGUUACCGAGCAGUUCCUUCCCCUCAACAGAGGACAGGCUCCUUGUCCUCAACACCGGUGGCAUCGCCCAUCAAUUACCCUCCUGGGCCAGGUCCAGGCAACACAGGGCAAAACACCCAAUCUGUCCAGUUGCCAGCUGGCACCAUCACGAUUCCGGCUCUCGCUACUGCUGUCGGACAAGUCCAGCAGCUCGUUUCGGGUGGCCAGGUGCUUCAGAUAGUGUCGGCUCCUCCACCCGCCACGCCUCCCCAAGUAGCCGGAACAAACACGACAACUUCCCAACCGGUAGUGAGACAUCCUGUGGCUGCUGCACGUUCCAAGCAGCCACAGCUUAGGCCAAAGCCAGCAAACAACUCAAGCCCUGGCCCGGUUCAACAGGCUCAUGCUGUCAAUAGUCCAAGAACUUCAUCACCAGUUAUUGUCCAGCAGCAGCAACAACAACAACAGCUUCACCAUCAACAGCAACAACAGCAGCAACAACAACAACAGCAUCAGCUCCAACAACAACAACAACCACAACCCGUCCAGCAGCAAAUAACGCAGCAACACGCGACGGGCCAAGUAGUGCAAUUGGGUACGGGUGGGCCUACGGGUACAUUGGUCUUCUCAGGUGGAGGAAACGCCAUGUUUCCAGCGCUGGCCCCAACCGGAGGCCAGUUUUUCCUUCAGCAGCAGGGUAGCGGAGGUUUCCAACUGAUCGUCCGACCUCCCGUACCUUCCAGCUCGCCUCCCAAGCAGCAGCAACAGCAGCAGAGCAUUGUGAUGCAACCUCAGAUUGGUCAGACCGUCCAUCUCGCCCCAAACAACAACAACCGUCCGGCGACUGCUGUCGCGGCUGCCGUCCCUAAUCCCCCCUGCCACCCUACCAUAUCCCAGCACCACCAGCCCAUGGUAAGAUUAGUCACUUUACCUGGCCUGGGCACUGUCCAGCUACAGCAGAUUCAGACGCCCAACGGACCGGCCUUCCUGGCCGUCCAGCAACCACAGCAGCAUCAGCCUCAACAACAGACGCAGCAGCAGCAGCAACAACCGGCUACCUUCUUACGUAAUCAUCCUGGGCAACAAGCAUUUAUCCAACAACAUCACGUCAUUCAACAGCAGCAACAGCCUCACAUUGUCACUCAACAACAGCAACAACCUCAUAUCCUCAACAACCUUACUCAACAACCCCAGCAGCAGCAACAACAGCAACAAGACAAUAUCCGGCUGGUAUCCAGUCCCGCUACGACGUUGAUCCCGAAUAGUGAUAAUGUCGUUGAUAACAACACCAACAACAGUACAACACCAUCCACCACAUUCGCCACCCCACCCAAUAAAAAGCCGCCCGCGAAGAAGAAGCCCAAGCCAAAGAAGAAAAAGGAAGAAGUUGUGGUUGAAGAAAAGAAGCCAGCUGUCCAGGUCAAUUUGGCUGAACUGCUGAAACAAACGGGUAUUGUUGACGACGACGAAUCUUUCUUUAUGGAUGAUGAACCGACUCUGCAGCCGCCACCACCACCACCUCCUCAGCAGCAGCAGCAGCAGAUCCAGCAACAACUCCCGAUCCAAAUUCAGAUGGAGCAGCCGAUUCCGCCUACAGAGACCAAAGAAAAUAACAUGAUGCUGGCACCAAUGUUGAGUGAAAUGAACCUCAUUCAGACGCUCCAUCAACACGGUCUGGCCUUGUCUGAAGAUGAUCUUCACACGUUGCGGAAUUUUAUCAAACCGAGUGAACAGGCUAGUGAACAGUCCAGUGCCUUAGGAGGAAGUGAUUCGCUCGCCAAUGGACUUAAAGGAGCCACCAUGUUGAAAGCACCGGCUGCAGCCGUUUCACUGACCCUGGGCAACGGCCAAGUGAUCCAGUUGACGGGCGAGCCUUUCGCAGAUGCCCAACAACAGCCGAGAGUUCAGUUUGUGACGAAUCCUUUCGACGCCCAAGCGACUCAAGUGUUCCAGGCCGCACCGCAAGCCGUGGCGGCUCCUGCCGCUCCUCCUCCUCAAAUGACUGAAGUGAUGCACUCGACUAAUCACGGGUUUCAGAACGAGUUCCUCGAGGAUUUGGCCAGGAGUCAGAUAGUGUCGGAUUCCAAGAAAACCAAGAGCAAAGCGGCUCCUGUCCAGAGAGCCGCUCCUGCCAACACCAACAACAAUGCCCCCAAGAAAAAGCCCGAGCCGCGCAAGAAGAAACCACCUCCUGUCAAGGCAGGAGCGAAUGCCGGAACGAAUGCAACCGGACAAACGACUCCAGCCCACACGGGCUCGGUGCCUCGAGUGCAGACGAUCAAAUUGUCUCCUCAGAAUCAACAACGAUUUGUCAAUAAUUCGUUCCCCCAGAAUCUGCGCAACAUCCAGGCCCAAAUCCAGUACCUGACGUCCAAAAAAGAUCCUACUCCUCAGGACACUUCUCUCUUGCAGAAGCUCAUUGAACAUCACCAAAAGAUACUGGCGACGGGAAAGCCAGUUCCCACCAUUCCGGGCCAGCAUGCCCAGGGCAUUCCAUUCAAUCCUACUCCUACUACUGCCGCCCCUGCCCCUCCUGCUCCAGAGAGCGGAGUGUCUGUUGUUCAGCCUGUCCCUCCCAACACUGGCCCCACCAACGUGUCGAGGUCUCAAGGCAAAGUGGCUAAUGUGCCGGCUAACAUCCAGCAAAAUACGCACCUGGCUAACCUUCUCCGCCAACCCGUCUCCGAUAAAAAUUCAAGGAUGACGACGUCAAACGCGUCGAAUCAACAGGCGGGAUUGCGGCAAAUUCAACCGACAGCCGCCCAGCUGCGAGCUGCGACUCCGACCACUGGUGUCGUUGCUACUGGAAACAACAAUACUCCCAAUUCGCAGCAAUCAAAUCAAGUGUCCGUGUCAACGUCAGCGUCCAUCUCUACUUCGUGUUCCACUCCAGCGGCCUCCAGUAAUUGCAGCACGGCCACCGUCACUAAUAACGUCAAUGUUAUUAGCGUGACGACGACCCAGUCGACCAUUCAAUCUCCGAUGGGCACGCUGAUACUCACGACAAUGGACGGAGCAGGAGGAGGAGCUUCUCCAACUCUUUCCACCGGCGCCACGAGCAGCUCAACUACAAUAACCAACAGCUCAACGGCGGUAGCAUCUCCGGCUCCAUCAGCAGAAGCCGGACGAAGUAAUGCUACACCGGCCAGAGGAACUAAGCGGCCGGCCCCUCCUUCUGCACCUCCUAAGCCGAGCAUAAGUAAGAGCACGCUGUUUGAGCACCAACUGAAGACCGAUCAAAGCGGAGCUCUAGCGCCGGAUUGCAAGACCCCAUUUAAGAAUAAGACGAAUGCCUGUAAAAGGUUGGUGCGUUAUCACGUCUUUCACGAACUGGGUCCCACUCCGCAGGAACUGGAAAAGGAAGAAGAGGAUUUAGAAACUCACGCUCAACAGUUGCUCUCCAAAUUCCACCAGAUGAUUAACAAAUAUCAUUAUCUUCUUCUCAUGGAGAGCACAAAAGAGGCUCCUACUUCCGAACACGUGAUGGUGGAGAGGAUGUUUGCUGGUGAAGAGAAACAGUCACUGGAACGGCUGAAAGAGGAAACACGCGUAGCCAAAGAAUUGCAACUGACUCCCGUUUGGCCCGUGAAAUCGGAGCCAACCACCUCGGGUGCCACUGCUACUACUACUCCCGUGGCCACCAACGACAUUGUCAAUGGCCGCAGAGAUUCCCCUUCUGAAGAUCUGAAACUGACGCCAAAAAUGGCGUUGCUGAAGUUUACGAGGAAGGAGGGCGAAGGCUACAAAUCUGAAUUGCAGAUACCACAAGAGUACAAAGAAGUGCGAGUUAUGGUGGAGGACGUCGUCAAAAGUAACGGCAGGAUCAGAGAGUCCCUCGAGAUGAACCAUUCCGUCUCGAUAAACGACUCGGCCAUGGCCGGACUCACUGGCAGUACCAUCGAGUCCAAACCUUACGACGAAUGGGAGGCGAUCCAGCGAGAGCUGGCACUCUACCCGGAUGCCAGGGAUCGCGACGACAUGGGAUUUGAUGGAGAGGAAGGCGGCGUCAUCUACGACGAAGAUAUCAAAGCCCAAAUGCAGAAUGCCAUCGACGACUUGUUGAGACUCAACGGCUGCGACGAUGUCAUCCCGCCGCAUCUCCAACACCUGGCCAACAAUGCGGCCCAUCCUGCCGCAAUUGGCGCAGUUGCGUCUUCAUCUUCUGCCAAUUACGAGGCCAGCGGUGCUGCAGGAGGAGGAGGAGGAGGAUUCCCGCCGCCAUUGAAAAACGGUGAACAGUUUUGCAAUAACAGCGAAAUGCAGGUGGAUCUGGCUCUCAAUGAAGCUGUCAAUAGUAUUCUGUGAAAGACGAAGAAUUGAUUAUUAAGCAUUGUUGUUGUUGUCCCUCCUCAUAUGUAACCGGCGGUCACGGGAGAUUGGGUAUCCUUUGAAUGGUCGGAAGCCUUAUUCAGAAAGAAGUGGGAGAAAGAGAGGUUAUAGAAGAAACAUUUUUAAAAAACACACACACACACACAAUAAUCCCUCAGAAACAAACGACCUCCAUUGGUUGUUCUUUGAAAGAAAUUUAUUGUGUCAUAGUAAAAAAAGGAAUUUUUUCGUUUUUUUUUUUCUAAUUCGAAAAACAAAAAUAUUGAAUGAACUUUAAAUAGGGUCCUGCACGUUUGGGUGCAAUUAAGCAAAACAAACAAAAAAAAAACGGUUCAUGUGAUCUCUAAAAUGUGAAGAAAUGACAUAAUAUCUCCUUUCACCUUAUUGUAUGUAAAUGAUGAGCAACACAACCCCCCGUGAAAAAACAUUGAAAACAAAACACCACUUAAAUAAGUGAAACCUAAAGCUAGAGAGCUCAAUCUUGUUCUUUGUGUGUUUUUUGUUUGUUUUUUUAAAUUUUUUCAAAAAUUUGAUAGCGAAAUAAUUUUGAGGGAUUUUUUUGUUGUUGUUGGGUUUUGUUGCCUAAUUAUUUUUUUCCUUCUCUCCCUCCCUCUAAUGUGAGCCUACGUCUCAGGGCGAAAAAAAAGAAUCACCACUCCACCCAAUUACAUCAUUUAUUAUUAUUUUUUUUUCAAUUGUAUUUUUCCCUGCAUGUCCUCCAGCGUCUCUCUACUCCCGCGUUCGGAUGAUGGUGAUCAUCAUUCGACCGCUUACGACUAGUGUUUACAUGUUUAAAAGAAAAAAAAAUCUAAAGUAAACAAAGUAAGGCAUGCAUUUUUUAAAUGGCCCGAGCCGCCCUCAAAUUCCCAUCAAAAGGAGGAGAUUGUCCAAAAGAAAAAAACAUCUUUUUUUUUUUUUAGAUUUUUAAUUUAUUUGCCACCACCUCCUGUCCUCUUUUUUUAAACUUUGCGUGUGUGUAAUAUUGAUUGUGUGUGAGAAAGUAUGUCCUGUUCGAUUUUACAUCGUUUGAUCAUAUUUAAAAACAUUCUAUAUCCAACUUCCCUCUAUCUCCCUUUUCCUUUUGCUGCUGAUGCUGCUGGUACAUAAUUUGUGACUUUAUUAUUAGUGUCGAAUUGAGAGUGUGUUGCAGCACAAUUGAGUAUUUGGGAUAUCAGAAUGGUCGUCUUCUACUUACAUGAUAAAAACAUUUGCUCCCGCCCCCCUUGUACAUACUUAUAUAUUGAUUCAUAAUAAAAAUUUGAAUGAAUUUCAAAAUAA